CAAUAGAGCUGCCAGCCGCUCCCGCAAAAAUAUACUCCAGGCCGUAAAUUUUCGUGUUUUGCUCUCCUUCUAUCCCCUUCUUUCCCCGUGCCCACACCUCCCAAGUCCUCCACGUCGUCAUCGCCACGCAACCCGCUCCGCCUCGUGCUCCUCACUUCUUUCAACAAUUGUCGUCGGAACACCUGGCAUCUUUUAGCCCGCUCUAAUUCCUACUUCGCUCGACUCUUGUGGUUGCUGCUGCUAGCUGUUGCCUAGGCCUCCAAAAGCUCCCGGCUGCCCCUGUCCUCUCUACGGCUACAAGAAAGCUGCGUCCAGAGCUCUCCUCACCACAACAACUCAGCGACCUCAUUCGCAAUAAUGCCUGCUCCUCCUGAUGCCAGCAAGCCUCUCCAGGAGCGCCUCCUGGAACUUGCCAAGACCUUGCAGUUUGCUUGGUUCGCCGGCCACCUUACCCUCAUCCUCACCACGCUCCGAUACAGCUUGUCCUGGAUCCGCAUGAACUACUAUGGCACCAUGGCUCAGUUCUGCUACCACACCACCUUCUUCGCCGCCGCCCUGACAUACGGAAUUGUCGUUUACAAGACCCAAAAGGCUCGCGCCAAGACCGGUGCUCAGCCCGCGUCCAUUCUGUCUACGCUCUCUGACGAGAACGUCCAGUACCUGUUCAUGGCUAUUGUCUGGCUCACCUUCCCUCAGUACCCUAUCGCCCUCCUCCCGUACUGCGUCUACUCCGUCUUCCACGUCGCCACUUACACCCGCGCCAACCUGAUUCCCGUCAUCACGCCUCCUCCUCCCGCCGCCGAUGCCUCAUCUCCUCGCCCCAAGGUCAACAGCCCUCUUGCCGACCGAAUUGGCGCCUUCGUUAAGGAGUACUACGACUCGUCCAUGUCCAUUGUCGCCGGCCUCGAGAUCCUCAUCUGGGUCCGUGUUGUCCUCUCCGCCAUCCUCUUCCAGCGCCGAUCUUGGAUUCUGCUCGUCUUCUACACUGCCUUCCUCCGCGCUCGCUACUCUCAGAGCUCCCACGUUCAGGCCGCCUUCGGUCAGCUUAACGCCCGUGUCGAGUCUCUCGUUGGAGCUCAGGGUACCCCUCCCGUUGCCCGCCAGAUCUGGGAUGGCGUUCGCAGCACCGCUAAGAGCUUCUACGAGGCCACUGAUAUCAACCGAUAUGUCGGUGGUGCCCCUGCCGCCAAGAAGUCCUCAUAAACAGCUUAUACGGAAGUUGAGGCUGAACACGACGCAACUGUGAUGACAACAAUUUUUUGCUGUCGUUACACAUUGCCUCUACAUCCUUGACAAGACUACGAAAUGAGGUACUUGGACCUUUGGAAAUGACUAUGUGAAAUGCUAUCGGUUUUGUUUUCGAUUCUUUUGAAGUCGCUGCAUCGCAAGCAACCUGCAGGUACUAGAAGCUAGACUCGCUGGUCUACUGCAGCUUUGCGACAGCGAUACGGCUUAUGGAGUAAUGGCACCAUGAAAAUUAAGAAGAAAAGAGUAGACUGGAUGGGAACCUCGGUGGUUAUGCACCGCGCUUGAAGGAUUAGCUCUCUUGUAUUCAAACGAGUGUUGGGGGCUAAGUUGAUUGUAAUGUUUCCUCUACCUGUACUGAAUUACGAAAUUAAAAAUUUUCAACUAUUUCUCUCAAUAAUCUUGGUAAAAACAAAAUACACUUUAGUUCAGAUUG